AUGAUGAAGGUGGAGGUAGAGAGCCGGAAGAUGAUAAAACCAGUGACGGCAACUCCGUCAGAACUGAGAAGCUACAAGAUAUCUAUAAUCGAUGAGCUGAAUCCAUCUAUGCAUGUCAUUCGUAUCCUCUACUACCCAUCUUCAUCUCCAGAUUCCGCCGCCGCCAUUGCCGCCGGAAAACUGCAGAUCAACUUGGAGGAAUCGCUUGCUCGAAUACUGCCACUUUUCUACCCACUCGCCGGCAGAUACAUCAAAGAUAAGCACAUGGUUGAUUGCAAUGACGAGGGUGCUGAGUUCUCUGUAGCAAGUGUUGACUGCGACCUCGUUACAGUACUUACCGGCGGUUCCUCCGCCGCCGAGCAGCUCAACCACCUUCUCCCACUCGAAAUAGGCGCCGCCGACGAGCCCACCGACCCAAUCCUGGCGCUUCGGAUCAACAAGUUCCGGUGCGGAGGGGUGGCCAUAGGCGUCUGCGCUUCCCAUAGGAUUUCCGAUUCCGCCUCCCUCGGAAUAUUCCUGACUGCCUUGGCAGAUGCUGCCGCCGGCAGGGAAUCAGCGGUCAUCAAGCCCGACUUCGACUCGCCGGUGUUCUUCCCGUCUGAAAACCUUCCCCCCCUGGAUUUCGGGGUUUCCAGGACCCGGGAUACCAGCGUCGUCUGCGAGAGGUUUCUCUUCGACAAGAACGCCAUUUCAACACUCCGAGAUACCGCCAACCCGGAAUGGAGAUCCUCCGCCGGCCGUCCGCCUUCCAGGGUGGUGGUGGUGUCCACCGUUCUGACUCAGGCUCUCCUCCGCGCAGACAGGGCCAAAAACGGCGGCGUUUCUAGAGCCUCCCUGAUUGCCCAGGCAAUCAACGUGCGUGAACGAACCAUACCGCCAGUUUCGAAGCACGCUUGGGGCACGUGGGUUUCGCUAUCCUACCUGGAACAUACUGCAGAACAAACCAACCAUAGCCUCGAAGUUGAUGAAUAUCCAGGCCUUGUUCGAAAAAUGAGAGAAACCACCAUGCAAGGUGUUAAAGACUGCCCUAGAAUAUUGUCCGACAAACAAUUUGGACGAUGGGUUCUCGUCGACAGCUAUUUCGACGCCGCUAAGAAAGCAUCGAGCACUGAUUUUAAGGUUAUAUGGAUAACCGAUUGGUCCAAAUUUGGGGAGUACGAGCUCGAUUUCGGGUUCGGAAAACCGGUGUGGGUGAGCUUGGCCGAUGUUCCACUACAGGAUCUAUUCAUAUUGAUGAACACUAAACACAACGAUGGAAUCGAAGCUUGGGUGUACUUGCAUGAAUCUGACAUGCCCUUUUUCCGACAGGAGUACGAGGAUAUUGUUCAGAGCAUGCUUAUUGCUGAUCCAAAAACACAUGCUCAUUACCAUUAAUUUCCAAGGUGGUACGGGUGCCGUAAUUUUAAUAAGCUAUAUGUAGUUCAUUGCAUGCAUAUCUCCCAAAUUAAAUAAAUGCAGGUCCAAUGGAUUUCAUUUUUUUUUUUUCCUGUUUAGCUGAUGUAUCGGACCAUGGGAUUUGAUGAUCUUGAGAAGCCGAAGUUAAAUAAAAAUCUUUUUAUUUUUGUGC